CUAGAUUAAACUUCUCGACAAGCUGCUGGAGUGUAAAGGUGGUUUAAUAACCGACUUUAAAUUAGGAUUAUGUUGUGUCGACGGCGGGAAACAGGCUGAUCCGGAGCAGAGAGCAGGAGUGAGUCAGCAGGGUGAAGUUUUUCAGACACAUCUCACAUGUCCUGCGUAAAGUGGCGCAGCCCCUCAGCUCAGCGUGAGCUGCGCAACAGACCGGUCAAACUUUUUCAGUUCCCUCACUCUUCCAUGUGUUCAGACCUGUGAAAUAACUUUGUUCUAACUCACUGUCCUGCGCCAAACUAUGUGCGCCGAUUGCUCAAGUCCCUGCGCGGAAAAGGAGCCAAUGUGCCAAGUUUUAAACCCAGGCGGGAUGGAGAUGGAGAUGGAGUCGCAAACAAAGCCACAGACGGGUCAUCGUGCUGCUGGUGGUGGUGAAUGUGGUGAAGGUGUUUGUCAGAAAGGGUGCGGGCUCCUGGUGUCUUCUGCUGAACUGGAUCACUGCUGCAUGGACGCGCUCCGCACGGUCGCGGAUGCGCUGGAGGAAAGAAGCGCAGUUUUGGAGCAUGAAACCCGGAUGGCGAGGCUCAGGUGGAACAGGAGGGAGCAGUCCCUGUUAGCCCAGGUGUCCACUCUGCAGAACGAGGCCCAGCUGUCGGCUCUCAGGUACCAGCGGAGGCUGCACCAGUACAUGCUGCACAUCAACAGCAUUGCAGAGCAGGUCUCUGGGUACUACAAGAGAGACGUGAGAACAACCGCUGACACGCAGAGCCAGAUAUCAGACAAAGCAACAUGUGCAGAAGGAGAGCCACAGGAGCAGCUCAAAGCACCUGAGGUGAAUGGGAAGGAGUUGUCCAAGUCCAGCCAUGAGGAGACUGCGGAGGCCUUUCGCGCUGCCAAGGACCCCGUCGUGGUGCAGGUCAUCCGGCGGACCCCUAGCGGACGCCCCCAUGGCCCCCCUCAGGAAAUCCAUGUGGUGGAUGUGUGCACUCAGACCGACAUCACCUUUGAACACAUCAUGGCGCUGGCAAAGCUCCGGCCUUCCACCCCUCCUGUGCCUGACGUCUGUCCCUUCCUGCUCUCUGACAGCUGUCAUUCUCUUCAUACAAUGGACCAGGAUUACUAUGAAGGGACGGACUACCUCUCCCCGGUUCCAGCUGAUGGAGAGAGGACAGAGGAGUUUGAGUAUGAGGAGGUGGAAUUGUGUCGACUCAACAGCCAAGAGAAGUUGGGGUUAACUCUGUGCUACAGAACAGAUGAAGAGGAGGAUGUGGCCAUCUAUGUUAGCGAGAUCAGUCCAAACAGCAUCGCCGCCAGAGAUGGACGCAUCCGAGAGGGGGAUCGCAUUUUACAGAUUAAUGGCCAAGACGUACAAGACAGAGAGGAAGCAAUGGCUGCACUCUCCAGUGACGAGAGCCGGAACAUCAUACUGCUGGUUGCCAGACCUGAGAUGCAGCUGGAGGAGGCCUGGCUGGAUGAUGAGCACAGUGAAUUCCUGGAGCAGUUGAAGAUGGAAAUGUUGGAGGAGCAGCAGAGAGAGGAGAUGGAAUUGGCUGCCUUACAAGAGGAGCAGGAGAAUGAGCAGAGAGCAGAAGAUGACAAGCCCACCUGCUCCACACUCCCCCAUCAUAAGGAUAGUGUACGGAGUAUAAAAGACAGAAUGGAGAGCUCGGAGCAUAAUGUCCUGGCACACAUCCAGAGACGUUUGUCCCAGUGCCUAAGAGACAAUCGGGACACACACCGUACCACCGGCUCCACGCGACUGGAGGACAAAGAGGAUGACGAUGAUGAUGACACAGAGGGUGAUAGUUUCCAGCAGCUCUUGGAGCUUAAGUGUCAGAUACGUAACAGCGGUGAAUACGAUCUGUUCUACAGCCGCCGCAGCACCAUUGAGUGCAGCAUGGGGGAGCAGGGCGGAGUACAGCACGAGCUACGUAUGCUCAACGAGGAGCUGCGCAGCAUCGAACUUGAAUGUCAGAACAUCAUGCAGGCCCAUAACCUUCGCAAGGGACAGCAGUCUCCCUCCACGGGCCACUCUGCACCCUCAACCAAAAACCAAAGCCUCCAUCGAAGUGACCCUACAAGAAGUAAGCUGGCAGAUAUAAAUGAGAGGCUGGAGAAAUCAGACAAGGACAGCUCCAGUGCCUAUAACACAGCCGAGAGUUCACGGAGCACCCCUCUAGCAAUGGACCGCUCCCCGGAACACUCACUCCAGAGGAUGGUUAGUCUUACCAACCAGAGGAACCUCUGCAGUGGCCUUGCCACUGGCUCUUCACUAAGCCCAAGCCCCAUCCCAGCAUGCCGUGCACCAGUCCCAGGGAAAAGCAGCAGCCCUGACCACAGAAAUCCCUCUGAGUCGACUAAGACAACUCAGGCUGAUGAGGACAGCAGGGGGACAUUAAAGCAACUUGCUUCCCAGAUUCCUUACUUCUCUCCAUCUCACAGUUCCCAGCAGAGGCAGAUCAACAUCCCAGCUCAUGCACGCCACUACCAGAGCUACAUGCAGCUGAUCCAGCAGCGCUCAGCUGUGGAGUACGCUCAGAGCCAGCUCAGCCUGCUCAGCGUCUGCAAAGAGCCUCAGAGGCCCAUUAAUGAGCCCAAGAUGGAGUGGAAGGUCAAGAUCCGCAGCGACGGUACACGCUACAUCACCAAGAGGCCUGUGAGAGACAAGAUCCUGAGGGAGCGAGCCCUAAAGAUUAAAGAAGAGCGUAGUGGGGGAAUGACCACAGAUGAUGAUGCAAUGAGUGAAAUGAAGAUGGGGAGGUACUGGAGUAAAGAGGAAAGAAAGCAGCACCUGGUCAGAGCAAAAGAACAGAGGAAAAGACGAGAGUUCAUGCAGCGUAGUCGGCUGGAAAGCUUGAAGGAGAACCCUCAGAGCAGCAGCGAAGGUCGCAAGGAAGUCAGCAUUAUAGAGCUCAGCCAGAAGAAGAUGAUGAAGAAACGCAACAAAAAGAUCCUGGACAACUGGAUGACCAUCCAGGAGCUGAUGACUCAUGGUACUAAGGCCCCUGAAGGGACCAAGGUGCACAACGCCUUCCUAUCAGUCACUACUGUAUAAAAAACACACACAUUCUACCCCAUGCGGUAUAAUAUACUUGCCUCGUUCAAUGUGGCGUUUUUAUGAGGACAAUAGGAAUAUUUUUCACACUUUGUAACCCAAAAAGCAUUUUGUAAAGAAUUUAUCAGUGGUGUCAUGGCAUUUUCUUCAUGUUUUUCAGUAUUGUUUUUCACAUCACUCUGCGGGAAAAACAUUUUUCUAUGAAAUUAUGACUAUAUAGUUAUUUUAUUACUUCGCUCUAAACAUUUUUAUCUUUUCACUUCUAUUUUCAUAUUUAUGUUGUAACCAUAAAACUCAAACUGGUUGUAUGAGCAUCUUAAGAAAAGUUAAGUAUUUUUCUUUGUGUAUUAUGUACACUUGCCAAUUGCAACACUCAAUGAAUCAGUGGGUCUCCUUCCUUUCACCUACUUUUUUAAUACUCAUUUCAUAAACAGAUGUAUUUAUCCUUUAAAGCUUAAAUCAGUAACUCAGUGUUGGUGAGUGGUCAUUGAAAUGAUGUUCAUGACUUAUGGUUUUUGACUAUGGACGAGAAGUUGGACUGGUCACAAAGUCAACCCUACAGAUAUCAGAAAAUGAUGAGAGCUCAAGUAUGUUUCACACAAAGAAAGUUAAAGUAAGGUACACAUUUCAGCUUUAAAGGGAUAUAAAUAUCUUACAUUCCAAUUAUAGUACUGUAUAACUAUGGCAAGAAUGUGUUUAAUUGAUAAAAUGUAAUGAUUUUGAAAUAAAUCCAAUGACCUGAAGGAGAAAAAAAUCCCUUUGGUUUCACCACAAUUUGCCAUAUCUGUUUUGAGGGGUAAAUUCUUGAGGUCUUACAUUACUGAACAUUGUAAAUUGUUAAUACGAGCAAAAUUUUCUGGUCAACAAAUCAAAUAAUUUUUGCUAGCAUCAUUUUAAGUAUCAGCAAUUUUAUAAAUGCAUCUUUUGAGAGUUCAAUACCUCAUGUAAUAGUGAAACUCUUCAUGUGUUGUUUCUGUAAUUUGUGAACUUGAGCCACUUUGUUUUUUUACAAAGCUACGAACAAGGAAACAAUACUUCAGAAGCUGCCAUGCUGACUUUGUGGACACAGGGAAUAUGUACUAUAUUAUCAUACUUCUAAAAUAGUUUGAGAUUUUUUUCCAUCCAAAAGAGUCCAAAAUAUUCUGACUCAUUGCCAGUGCUGCAGCUAUGGGUAAAACUGAUUUUGUAUUCAAUUUUAUUUUUGCUUUAUAUUUUUAAUUUUUUUCUACAUAUUCAACAACAGAUGGACCUGCUCAUAGCUUUCACAUACCAGUAUUUUUACAUCAUUCAGAUACACCUUCACUCAGCAUAGCCUUAACAGCAAAAACUGAAUCAAUGAUGCGUUUGUGUGGCAAACUUAUUUCACACACAAACUGUCUCUGGAUUAUUCAGCCUUAUUCAUACAUUGUAUAAUUUGAGGUUUUAGUAACUGGGAAAUAUAAGAUAUCUAGUCAUUACUGAUUUGUGUUUGCGGUCACAUUCAACAUGUGUUAGGAUGAUUGCCACUGAGCAGGACUCAGACACAGCAUAUAAGAUCAUUGAAAAACUAAACUGGUGAAAUGAAUGGGUUGCCAUUUAUCAACAGACUUUAUAGUCCAGUUAGAUGUACAGUAUACUCAUUCCAAAUGCCUCAUUUUUAACUGAAAUAUUGUAAAUUUGAAAUUUUAAACCGAUCCCUGUAUUUGUUUUAAGUCAAUGUCAAUGGUCUAAUUUUGAGUAAUGCGUAGUUGGCACAUUUGUAGCCGGGUAAAAUGUGUGAUAAUGGUGAUCUUUGCAAAAGAAAUGAUAAUAAAUUAUUGUUUUUUGGUAUAA